AUGGCUAAUGAGGCGGAGGAAACUGUUCGCAAACUUUCAACGCAUAGAGGGGUUUUGGGUGUGAUUGUUGUUAACGGAGAAGGUAUACCGAUAAAAACUACUUUAGACAAUCAUGUAUCAGUGCAAUACGCUGGUUUAAUGAGUGCUCUGGUCGACAAAGCAAAAUCUGUCGUAAGAGAUUUGGAUCCUACAAACGAUUUGACAUUCCUGCGUAUAAGAAGCAAAAAAAGCGAAGUAAUGGUUGCACCAGAUAAAGAUUUCAUAUUAAUAGUAGUCCAAAGUCCUCUUGAAUGA